AUGUGGUUCGGUUGGGGAUAUUCAGGAGACAAAAGGGAAUCUGGGAAAAAUGACAUUUCACUCGAAGUUCCGAAAGACCUUUCCGAUUAUCUAAAAGAAAAUGAAUCGAGCAUCAGCGAUAGAGAGUUUAAGAGCUUUCUUAAGCGGAGCCAAGAGGUGGAGGUGAGUAAGCCGAUUCCUAAAGAGGAGCCUAAGAAGGAGGUAAAUAAUACGGCAAAAAUAGAAAGGGAGAAGUUGCUUGAGGAUGAAAUGAGCAGCAUACAUCAAAGUCCGGUAAAGCCUACUUUUAAGAGCCGAUACACUUCUACUGAGACGGAGAUCUAUAAAAGAGAGAAUCCAACUAGGGAAGCUGUACUCACCAAUUGUUCAGAGAUUCAAUACGCAUUUAUGAAUUGUCUUCGGCAAAAGUCUACGAUCGAAAGACUAACGUCUAUGGCCAAGGGAAAUGAUGAAUGUUCGAUGCUAGCAGAUUUCCUUAGUUCAUGUAUGAAGAUGCAGAAAAUGGCUCUAGUGAUGUUUGACUACUCUAGCUUGGAUAAAGUGGAAGAGUUCGAGACAGCUAAGAACAAAGUGGAUAAGUGUUUCAAUGAUCAUUUCAAGAAUAUGGACGAUAUACAGGAUGAUAAAAACUACAUGGCGUAUACUAAAGAGUUGAAAAUAGAGAGGGAGGAUUUUCAUGGAAAGUUCGGCAAAUAG